UCCAAGUUCUGUAAUUUUCUAUUCCAAAUCUCUGCUUUCUCUCUCUCUCUCCAUUUUGCCUUAUGAAAACGGCCAUAAUCCAAUUCUUUCCCAAGAAUUAGAGUUCAUCUAAAAGGUGUUUUUGGAUCAAAUACCCAUUUGUUAGAAUCAAUCAGAAAGGUGUUUUCAUGUUUGUUAAAAUGGGAUAUGUAAACUUGGAGAAGAAAUGGGUAUUUCCAGUGGUGAUAACUUCGGUUAUAUGCAUUGUCCUUGUGGUAACAUCAUUCAAUAUGGGCUUGGUAUCUUCCUUGAGAACAAUCAAUUCGAUAUUUUCAGUUGUCAAUACAAAUGAUCAAAUUCACAGUAUCGAUCCCCCUCGAAAUCCUCGUUUCGCUUACUUGAUUUCCGGUUCUAGAGGUGACAUGGAGAAGUUAUGGAGAACACUUCAAAGCAUUUAUCAUCCUUUGAACCAUUAUGUGGUUCAUUUGGACCUCGAAUCCCCAUUAAUAGAGAGGUUGAAACUUGCUUCUCGAAUUGAAAAAGAUCCAACCUUUUCGAUAUUUGGAAAUGUUUACAUGAAUUCAAAAGCUAAUAUGGUUACAUAUAGAGGACCUACAAUGGUUGCAAAUACUCUACAUGCUUGUGCUAUUCUUCUCAAGAGAAGUAAAGAUUGGGAUUGGUUUAUUAAUCUUAGUGCUUCAGAUUAUCCACUUGUAACACAAGAUGAUCUUAUCUAUACAUUUUCUAAUUUAAGCCGGGAAUUGAACUUCAUCGAGUAUACUAGCAAUCUUGGUUGGAAAGAGGAUGUUAGAGCGAAACCUUUAAUUAUUGACGCCGGGCUUUACCACUCGAGGAAACAAAAUCUAUUUUCAGUUAACCGGAAGAGGACAUUACCAACCGCUUUCAAACUGUUUACUGGUUCGGCGUGGAUGAUCCUCUCGCGUUCAUUUGUGGAAUACAUAAUAUGGGGUUGGGACAAUCUUCCGAGAACAUUACUUAUGUAUUACACAAACUUUUUGUCUUCACCCGAAGGAUAUUUUCAUACGGUUAUAUGCAACGCUCCAGAAUUCGCACACACAGUGGUGAAUCACGACAUGCACUACAUUGCUUGGGACAAUCCUCCAAAGCAGCAUCCACAUGUUCUCAAUAUUAACGACACAGCCAAGAUAUUCGCAAGUGGUGCUGCUUUUGCUCGCAAAUUCAAAAGGAAUGAUCCCGUUUUGGAUAAGAUCGACAAGGAGCUGCUAAGACGAAGGAAUAAUAGUUUCACGCCCGGAGGAUGGUGUGCGGGUAAACCACAAUGCUCGAGAAUUGGAAACAUAACUCAGAUUAGACCAGGUAAAGGAGCAUUGAGGCUUAUUAGGAAAAUCAAUGGGUUAAUGUUGGCGCCCAAUUUAUGUAAAAGUCAGUUAUAAGGCAAUAUUGUUUAGGAAAAAAUAUAUUCUAUUUCUGUUUUAUCAUUUGAUUAAUCAUGGGGGGAGAAUUUUUAUAGUUGAUAUUUAGUCUAGAUGAGAAAACAUAAGAAAAUGAUAGUUAAUAAAUUUGAGCAUUUCUUUUAUCUACAAUCACAUUAUA